AAUGUUGCACGGCCCCUCAAGUACAUGGAGGACGGAUUAGCAUAUGUCCACCAUGUGCUUGAGGGACUGUGCAACAUUAGAGUUUGGUAUGGUCAGGGAAUACCACACCUAACAACUAGUAUUCUGUAAACUCGCCACCAAGUGAUAGCAAGACUUUGGAUAACGAAGAUUUGGACCACAGUCUGUUGGUUUUUCAGUGAGGAUUAUUUAGGUUCUAUCAUCUGAUGGCAGACCAACCCCUGACUGACUGGGAUAGUGAUCUCUUUGACUGCUGCGAGGAUGCACAGGCUUGUUGCUAUGGUUUCUGGUGCGGACCAUGCCUUGCCUGCACUGUUUCAGGGAGAUUUGGAGAGAGCCGUUGGCUCCCCUUAUGUGAUAUGUGUGUUGAUAUAGUGAUCUCUCCAGCAGCCCUGUCUCUGAGAGUCGCCAUGAGACACAAAUAUGGUAUCAAGGGUUCCAUUUGCAAGGACAUUGCUGUGUCCUGCUGCUGCCCAACGUGUGCCUGGUGUCAGAUGUAUCGCGAGUUAAAAUAUCGCAAAAAGUCCCCCAUCGUCAUCAACAUGCAGGUGCAACCUCAUGUCAACAUGCAGCCUCAUCCAAUGAUGGCAGUUUCUGCUCAGCCUGUUUUUAAUAGAUAAGAAGAAAUCAUCCAGGCUUCCUUUUGAUUUUCAUCAUCAUCACAAUAUUUAACACUAUCACAAACGUUGCAAGAUAUUUUAAUUUUAUGUUACCUUAAUUUGGACUAAAUAAAUAGGUUCCACAAGAUCUAGAGAGAUUCAUCCAUGUGUUCAUUUUUAGUUGCAUUGAUUGCUGCAGCAGUGUCUUUACAGAUCUGCCUAAAAAAAUCAUUUUGACAGCGGAAAUCUGGAAGAAACCUCCAGAAACGAACAAAACAGCUGAAACAAUGAGUUCCUUUAAAUCAAGACUGAAAACCCAUUUGUUUAAAAUUGCUUUUGAAACAUCAUAAUAUCAAACAUUAAUCAACAUUCUUAUGUGUAUUGAUGGCACUUGACAAAAUGUAACUCUUCAACUGUUUACUUUGUGUUUUCUGACUUUUUAUUUUUGUGUUUUUAUGAUGUAAAGCACUUUCAACUACCUUGCUUCUAAAACAUUCCAUACAA